AUGAGCUAUCCCUACUACUCUCCUCCACCACCUUCACCACCUCUUCCUUGUGCUCCACCACCACCUUCUCCACCUCCCCCAUGUAACCCUGUAACCGCAUCGCCUCCACCACCUCCCCCACCUCCCCCACCUCACCACCAUGGACAUCAUCACCAUCAUCCAAAAUUACCCCCCAAGCACUACAAUGUGCAACCACCACCUCCUCCUCCACCAUCACCACCACCUCCCCAUCACCAUGACUAUCCCAAGCCACCUGUGUCAUCUCCUCCUCCACCACCGCAUCACCAUGACUAUCCCAAGCCACCUGACUACCCUAAACCACCACCCACUGCUUCACCACCCCACCACCAUGACUACCCUAAACCACCACCCACUGCUUCACCACCCUACCACCAUGACUACCCGAAACCUCCCCCAACUACUGCUUCACCACCCCACCACCACGACUACACUAAACCACCACCCACUGCUUCACCACCCCACCACCAUGACUACCCGAAACCUCCCCCACCUACUGCUUCACCACCACACCACCAUGACUAUUCUAAACCUUCACCACCUACUGCUUCACCACCACAUCACCAUGACUACCCCCCGCCAACCGGGGCUACUCCUCCAGCUUCACCACCAUCAGUUCCAGCACGGCCACCACAUGGUCAUCAUCACACCCCACCCACUGUUCCACCACCACAUUACCCUCCAAAAUCAUCACCCCCCAAACCAAGCUAUGAGGCGCCGCCACCAAAGUCGGUAUAUCCACCAAAACCCAGUGAAGGUGCUCCACCACCCACACCAGUAUAUCCACCAAAGCCAAGUAAGGGGGCACCACCACCCAAGUCGUACCCACCAAAACCAAGUAAGGGUGCGCCGCCACCCAAGUCCGUAUACCCACCAAAGCCCAGUGAAGGUGCGCCGCCACCCAAGUCUGUAUACCCACCAAAGCCCAGUAAGGGAGCUCCUCCACCUAAGUCUAUCUACCCACCAAAGCCAAGUAAGGGAGCUCCACCACCGAAAUCUUCAUAUCCACCAAAGCCAAGCAAGGGUGCUCCUCCACCAAAGCCAAGUAAGGGUGCGCCUCCUCCGGGAUACAAUGGGCAUUAUCCUCCUCCAACACCCUACGGGGCUCCUCCUCUACCUAUCGGAGGCAUCCCACCAUCCUCUAACGUCGUGGCUCCACCCUCCGGCGGGAAAAACCACACCACUGUCAUCGCCGUGUGUGUCUCACUAGGUGGUGUAUUCUUCCUCGCCUUUCUCCUGGUCGGUCUCUUUUGCUUGGCCAAGAAGAAGAAGAAGAGAGUGAUGGUUCCCGCAGCUGUUCCUUGCGAACCUGCUGAAGAAGAAGCAGGUUACGGAGGUGCAGGCGCUGCUGCAGCGGGAGGAGCAGCAGGUUACGGGGGUGAAGGAGGCGGCCCACCACCUCAUCAACCGGAAAUAGUCGGGGCUGGUGGUGCCGGUGGUGCCGGUUAUGGUGGUCAUCGGUCAAGUUAUUAA